AUGAGGUACUGCAUCUCAGAACCCAACGAGUACCUCGUUAUCACGGGUGCUCAGAUCGAAGAUGUUCGCGUCGUGAAGAAGGCCUUUGUCUACCCAUGGCAAAAGGUCACCAGGAUCUCCGUCACCCCUAUCGACUUCCCGCUCAACUUGCAGGCCAUGUCCAUCGAGAAGCUCCAGUUCGCUCUUCCUGCUGUCUUCACUAUCGGCCCCGACAACGACCCUGAAGCUUUGAAGAAGUACGCGCUGCUUCUCACUGGUCAGCCUGAUGGCUCGAGGACUACCAGCUCAUCGAAGAGCGCUGUUGUGCCGACACAGAGAAGCCAUGUUCAAGACAUCGUCAAGGGCAUCAUCGAAGGCGAGACACGUGUCAUCGUCUCGUCAAUGACCAUGGAAGAGAUCUUCAAAGAGCGACAGAUCUUCAAGGAAAAAGUCAUCCAAAAUGUCCAACACGAGUUGGCUCAAUUCGGUCUGCGAAUCUACAAUGCCAACGUAAAAGAGCUUCAAGACACUCCGGGUAGCGAAUACUUCGCCUUCCUUAGCCGAAAGGCACAUGAAGGUGCCAGCAACCAAGCCAGGAUUGAUGUCGCUGAGGCUCGCAUGAGGGGUGAAGUUGGUGAAGCAUCAAAGCGUGGCCAGACGAAGCAGGAAAUCUCCAAGAUUGAUGCUGAGACUGCCGUUCUCGAGACGAAGCGAAAGUCUGAGAAGGCCCAAGCUGACGCCGAGCUCACCAACCGACAGACCGAACUCAACAUGGGCAUUAAGAUGGCACAGAUCAAAGCCACACGUGCAGCAGAAGCCCGUGACGCCGAACUUCAAAAGGAUGUCGAGCUGAAGAAAGCGCAGACCGAACUUGAACGCCUGCGAGCUAAAGAUCUGGUCAGAUCGAAGAUCGCUCGAGAGACCGCCGAGCAAGACGCCGAUGCUGCAUUUUACAAGUCGAAUCGUGUCGCCGAUGGCAAAGCUUAUGCCGAGCGUCAGGAGGCAGAGGCUCAAUUCUUCAAGACGGAACAGGCCACCAAGGCCAGCGCUUCUCGACUCAUGCAGGAGGCCGAUGCGGUCUACCACCAGAAGAUGCGUGAGGCUGAGGCACUCAAGGCUCAGGCUGCGGCGCUCAAGGCUCAAGUCGAUGCACUGGGCGGACCUCAGAUGUUCCUCCAGUACCAGAUGAUCCAGCAUAACAUUCAUGAGAAGCUGGCUCUGGCCAACGCUCGAGCCAUUCAGGGCCUCAACCCGAAAUUCACUAUCUGGAAUACGGGUUCAUCUGGUGGCGACGGUGCUGGAGCCGACCCAAUGGGCAGCAUUCGGAACAUCAUGCAGAAUUUGCCGCCACUUCUGACCACGAUCAACGAGCAGACUGGCAUCCAGCCUCCCAAUUGGAUGAUCCAGAUGCCGCCUGGCCAGCACCAAGAAUACCAGCAACAGCUCGCGAAAGAGGCCAAACUGGGCAACGGUCACGCCAGGAAGGAGAGCUUCACCGGCUGGGACGCGAAGCAGGCUGGCUCUACGUCCGGGUCUAAGUGA